CGGUGCUUCUACUCCUAUUCUUCUCCUCAUCACCUUUCUCACCCUUUCUCGGUUUAUUAUUGUUCCUCUGAUCCUCCUCGCCCUUCUCUUUAUUCUCUCCAAGGGCAUCUACGCCGCCGCCGCCUCCGAGACCAAAAGCCCUAAUCUUUUCGAGCAAUUCCACCCCACGGGAUCGGGAAGCGAGGGGCCAGAAGGCGCUUUUGUUACCCUUUUGAGGAAUCUUUCCUCUUUUUGGAAUCGGAGGCAUCCACAUGGCGUGCGAGUGGUACAAAAUUGCAAUAUGGAAGUACCCAAUGGCCAUGCAACAUGCCCAUGUUCCAAAAUUUGGCAAUUGGGAAGGUGAUGGAGAUGUCCCUUACACUAAAUAUUUCGACAAUGCACGCAAGGGUAAAGCUGGAGGGAAAUUAAUCAAUCCGAAUGAUCCUCAAGAAAACCCAGAAGCAUUUUCUGAAGAGAUUCCUCCAGUUCAGGCCCCACCAUUUAGGACUGGAUCUAAUUCUGAGGCUCCUAAGCCCAAGGAUGAGCAACGCACAAGCAGAGAAGAUGAUCGUCAUCGACUCACUGACUCUCCUUUACGCCAUGAUGUCGUACCUCAGAAACCUGCCACAGGUUCGCCGUAUCACCGUUAUGGUGAACCACAGAGGAGGGCAGGCAGAACAAGUGGUGGAUCAGAUCACAGCCACAGUGUCGAACACUCUCCCCUUCACCCCCAUUAUCAGGUGAAAGCUGCAAACAGAGGUGGAGUGUCUUCUCCUUCCUGGGAAAAAAAGGGUUCAUCAGAAGGUGGCCAUGGGCAUUCUUCCAACUCUGCAGGAAGAUCAAGAUUAAAGGCUGGUGGUCGAGGCGAUGAAACACCUGAAAAAGGGUCAGCCGUUCCCAAGUUUGGUGACUGGGAUGAAAAUAAUCCUUCCUCUGCUGAUGGUUACACGCACAUAUUCAACAAAGUAAGGGAGGAAAAGCAGACUGGAUCAGCAAAAGUUCCCAUCAUUUCCAAUGAUACAAUAUAUCCCAAUGAUCACAAGCAAGACAGGAGAUACGAGUCAUCAGAAGCACAAAGGCAUUGGCAUGAAAAGGGUCUUUUGUUGCCAAGCACUGGCAGGUUGCCUUGAGCUGUUCAUGCUUUGGCUGGUGCAAAAAGUAAUCAGCGUUGGUGGAAAAUUUUGUGGAUCUCUGGAUCUGUAAAUAUCUCGAAGAAGGCUAUUUUGUAUGAUGGAUCUCUCUGAAAAUGCAUUCUUCUCUCUGCUUGUGUGCCUUAAUGAUAAUAAUUAUGAGUAUGUUUAUAAGAAAGCACACUUUAAUUUUUCAUUUCUUGUAUUUCCUACCUUCUAUUUGUGAUGUAAAGGACCAUGCUGCAUAUUCUUUUAGGGUGCUCUUAUAUGCAGUAACCUAAGGAUUCCAAGUUACUUUAAUACAGGAUCAUUCUGGUUGUAUAUAAUGGUUAACUUGUUCAUUGUUAUGAAACUGAAUGUUAUUGGGUCAAGGAUGCAAAUUA